AUGAUAUCACCUUUCCCACGCCUCCUCCUACGCUCACGCCUUCCCUCGACAUCUUCGUCCUCGUCCUCGACAUAUCGUCCCACGCAGCGACUCUUCUUCCUACUCUCCACAUCAAAGCGAAGCCUGCACUCCUCACGAUGCCUCCGCCGCUCGAAGCAAGAGCCGCGCGCAGGCACCACGACCCCCGUACCCCCUAGCUACACGCCGCCGCCGCCCAAGUCCCCCUUCUACUUCGAGGCCGGGUACGCGCUGUAUGCGAAGCGGCCGUCUCGACCCUUCCCGCCUCCUUUCCUCUCGCUGCCCUCGAGCAGCUUCUCCGAACCCCUCAGCACGCAUAACCGUAGCCGCGACCGCCGGCCGUACGUCAACGGGGAGAUGAUCCGGGGCGUCACCAACGGGGACGACGCCGUGCUGGUGGCAGAAGCUUUCGUGGGUGCGAAUGACGGUGUGGGCGCAUGGGCGACGAAGGAUAGGGGUCAUGCUGCCCUCUGGUCGCGCCUCAUACUGCACUUCUGGGCCCUCGAGAUCGAACGUGCACAGUUCGGCCCGGACUCCGAACCAGACCCCGCCGCCUACCUGCAGGCAGCCUUCGAGCAGACCAAGGAGGCCACGUCCAAGCCGAACGAGUGGUACGGGACGACGACGACGUGCGGUGCGCUCCUCAGCGGAGAGAGCAAGCCGAUCCUGUACGCCACGCAGCUGGGCGACUCGCAGAUCCUGGUGGUGCGCCCGAGGACCAAGGAGGUGUUAUAUAAGACUGAUGAGCAAUGGCAUUGGUUCGAUUGCCCUAGGCAACUGGGCACGAAUAGCCCGGAUACGCCUACCGAGAACGCCGUGGUCGACCGCAUAGAGAUCGAGGAAGACGAUGUUGUGCUGGCGAUGACGGAUGGGGUUGUGGACAAUCUGUGGGAGCAUGAGGUGGUGCAGAAUGUUAUGGACAGCAUGGAGAAGUGGAAAGAUGAUCCGUCACGGAUUAGUGCAGAUAAGGAACCCGCGGAGACGACUUACGCAGAAGGAAUGCGAUACGUUGCCCAGCGGCUAGUCAAUGCUGCAAGAGAAAUCGCUGAAGAUCCCUUCGCUGAGAGUCCUUAUAUGGAAAAGGCAAUUGAUGAAGGGUUGUCAAUUGAAGGAGGCAAACUCGAUGAUAUCAGUGUUGUCGCUGCACAGUGCAAACGACGGAAAGGUUGA